AAACAUGCGUCUUCACCGUCUUUCACGACUUGCCAACUGCCUUAUCCAGCCCGCACUUCGUCUGGGGAAGAAGGAUAGUGCAUCCGCAAAACUGUGUGCCCGCAGCCCAAGUGCGGCGCCAAACCUUCCAGUUCCCCACAAAAGGUGACGCUGAGCUGCGCAUGCAGGCCAGACUUGGCGGUAUGUGGCUAGCCGGAUGGGGAAAGGAUUUCUGCAUAGCCCAUGUCGCAUCAUCCGAAGUCAUGGCAACUCGCGUGCGCAAUGUUUGGGGCACUGUCACGAUGUCCCCCCCUCCCCUCCUCGGUGCGGGCAUUGCGUGCGACAGAGCCGCUACGAUGCCCAUUGCUGGAUGCAGGCACGCACACGCGAGACAUUGGCAGCUCGUACGAAACCGUGGGCGUCCUUGACUCGUUGUGGUUAGCAGCAACGCUCCUCCGUGCCGGCAGCGCCUCUAUGUUCACAUGUGGACGUUGCCGAGGACUGGCCGCAUGGCCACAGCGAAAAGUUCCGUCAAAGAAAAAUUCGCGAAAAAGUGCGCUCACCGCCCUGGGGCAUCCCGGCUCCAUCGUCGAGGCUAAAUCCACUUUUGCAGCUAGACGAAACCUCUGGACAGGGAUGCUCGCACGCUGGAACUGGAUGAUAUGCACGCAGCAUCAGAUCAUGGAAAAGCGUCCAACCAGCCGCGACGUGGCCGUUGGAAGGCCUGGAGAAGCGCAUCAAUUGAGGCGGUCAGCUGGCGGGACAGCUGUGACGACCCGCCUGUGUGCAGACAGAGGGAUGCCAAUGCCAAUGAUGAGGGAUGUCAACCACGGCGAGAUUGACACCCGUCGCGGAGGUUUAUCGGCUACGACGCAUUCCCACAAGCAUGGUUUAGCAAGGUCCACUUAUCUCGUGCCCGGCGCCAGAUGUUAACAGAUCCAGGCUUGACACAACAAGAGGGGCAAGCCGUCAAUGGCAACAGUGGGAUUGGCCGAGCCCACGCCUUGUGCACAAGGCGUGAGAGCAGCCAGCCGGUGAAGGCAGGCCUGGAGGGGCGACU